UUCCUCGUCAAAAAAAGAUUCACAGGAAAGUACCAGAAAACUUCCCUCCCCAGCCAGUAUAGAGCUGUGCUUCCCAUAGUAAAGGUGCUGAGGAUAAUGUAUCAAGAUGUCUGACAGGAAAGCUGUCAACCGCUACUACCCGCCAGACUUUGAUCCAAACAAACAUGGGUCAAUCAACAAGUAUCGCAACUCCCACCCUCUUCGGGAGCGGGCCAAGAGACUCAGCGAGGGAAUCCUGGUCAUCCGCUUUGAGAUGCCAUACAACAUCUGGUGUGGGGGAUGUGGCAAACACAUUGGCAUGGGUGUCCGCUAUAACGCAGAGAAGACGAAAGUGGGGAACUACUACACCACCCCGAUUUAUCGAUUCAGGAUGAAGUGCCAUCUGUGUGACCAUUACUUUGAGAUGGAAACGAACCCGAUGGAGUGUGACUACUCUAUCGUGACGGGGGCCACUCGCAAAAACCAGAAAUGGGACAUGGCUGAGAACGAGCAGGUUCUAACAGAAGACCGAGAAACCGUCAAGAAAUUGGCAGCGGAUCCUAUGUUCAAGUUGGAGCAUGGUGUAGACGACAGCACCAAGCUAGAGAAGGUCAUUCCAACUCUGCAUGAACUGGAGACCACUCAAACAAGUUGGAAGAAUGAUUUCGACCAGAACAGGAUGCUGAGGCAGAAAUUCAGGAUGGAAAAGAAAGAAAUCAAGUCUGCAGAUGAGAAAGAUCAAGCCUUGCUGGUGAAAUCGUCUUUGGAUAUCGCUUUAGUUCCUGAAAGCGAAGAGGACAAGAAAUUGGCAUCGCUGCUGCACUACAGCGCGGUAGAGUCAUCGGAUGAUGUACAGAAACGAAAAAGAGCAGAAAUCACAAACAGGAGCAUUUUCUCUUCAAAGUCAGCGCAAUUGAAUUCCUCCUCAUCUUCCAGUCCAGAAACACCAGCAAUGUCGCCCUCAUUGUCGAAAAAGUCACCUUCCCGAUCGUCCACAGAUAUCAGAAAGGGCAUUGACCUCAUUGAGAAGCUUAAAUCCAUGAAGAGAGUCGGUAAAGGUUUCAGUGACUUUGGCGCUGAUGUGAGGAGAGUGUCUCGGAAAAGAGUUGAGAAUGAGAUUGGGAUAGCUGUGGUGAAGAGGAGGAAAAGUCAGAAAGAGGACAGUCCGAUCGAUGAUAAGUGCGAGAGUGAGACCUUGGUGCAGGGGAAAGAACCGUCGAUGGAGUUGGAAAGUGGUGAUUCAAAUCAUGAGGUGCAGCAGAGGAUGUUCAUUUUUGAACAUGUUUCUCCGACUUUGAGUGAGGAACAGCCUGGAUUGGAAGAUAGAGUGUUAGAGGGUAAUAGCGAAGAGAGCGAGGAGCGUGCCGACUUAAGAGACCAGGUCUUAUCGGAAAGGAGUCAACAAAGUUCUGCUUGUCAAGACUUCGUAAGACAUCCACAAAAUGGCACUGCACAAUCUGUGAAGAAUUUUAAGACGAUAAAUCAUGGUGACAUGGGUGUUAAGUCCUUAGUGUUGUGUGACUACAGUAGUAGUGACAGCGAUGAUUGAAUGUGUCGGAACCAGGAGAAAGUCUAUAUUCAAAUGUUUAGUGGUGAUUGCGGUGGUCCUUCAUGCUGCCGAAUCAUGGACAAUUAAUCCAGAGAUAGAAAAAAGCGCAUUGAUGCCUUUGAGCUGAAUUGCUAAAGACAGGAUAGAAGUUUUCUUGGCAUACACUACACCUCACACACUCCAAAUACCCAGGUCAUCGAGCAUUGGGGUCGCCCCAAUGGCUGCAUGAUGAAGAUGUUGGAACAAAACAAAACAAGAGAAGACAUUUAAUGCCUUUGAGAUGAUUUUAUACGGGGGCUGCUCCAAGUUCGUUACUCAAGCCACACUACAAGCCUGUGCUUGAUGAAAUGGAGAGCUGGUAUUGGCAAGCAAGAGAGAUUGCUUACAGGCGUC